AUGCUGUCUAAGGUUUGGAGAUCUUCUUUUUCUGCUGCUAGAUUGAUCAGUACGAGAUUUAUUCAUCGGCAGAAAGGUGCAGUUAGAAAGCGUCUACCCUCUUCGCCAGUCCGUUGCAAUGGUAGCGAAAUAACUUUCAAAGGAGAGAGUUUGAAAUUGAAGAGUGGGUCUCAUUAUAUCAAAAGCUUAGGUAAUGCGAUUGAUUUGUUCGAUGAUAUGGUUCGGUGUCGUCCCUUCCCUUCCGUGAUUGAUUUCUGUAAAUUAAUGGGUGUCAUCGUGAGGUUGAAUCGACCAGAUGUUGUGAUUUCUUUCCAUCAGAAGAUGGAAAUGCGUCGGAUUCGGUGCAAUAUCUACAGCUUUACUAUUCUGAUAAAGUGUUUCUGCACCUGCGAGAAGUUGCCAUUUGCUUUAUCUACGUUUGGCAAGAUCACCAAACUUGGUCUCCAGCCUAACGUCGUCACGUUUAGCACUCUGCUCCACGGAUUCUGUCUCGGAGAUAAGAUCUCUGAAGCCGUAGCUUUGUUUGAUCAAAUGGUUGAAACGGGAUAUGCACCCAACGUCAUAACGUUUACUACAUUGAUGAAUGGUCUUUGCCGCGAGGGCCGAAUGCUGGAAACAGUAGCUUUGGUUGAUCGGAUGGUAGAAAAAGGUCACCAGCCUAACAUUGUUACUUACGGAACAAUUGUGAAUGGAAUGUGUAAAAUGGGAGACAUUGUCUCGGCCUUGAAUCUGCUUAGGAAGAUGGAGAAAUGCCACAUCGAAGCCAGUGUUGUAAUCUAUAGUGCCAUCAUUGAUCGUCUUUGCAAAGAUGGACGUCAUAACGAUGCUCAAAAUCUUCUCGAUCAAAUGCACGAGAAAGGAAUUUUCCCCAAUGUAUUUAUCUACAACCGUAUGAUAGAUGGUUUUUGCAACUAUGGUAAUUGGAGUGAUGCAGAGCGAAUUCUGCGUCAAAUGAUUCAAAGGAAUAUCGACCCUGAUGUUGUUACUUACAGUACAUUGAUCAAUGCAUUGGUCAAAGAAGGAAAGUUCUUUGAGGCUGAAGAAUUAUACGAUGAGAUGCUCCGUAGGGGUAUAUCUCCUGAUACGAUUACAUAUUCUUCAAUGAUCAAUGGAUUUUGUAAACAUGAUCGUCUAGAUGACGCCAAGCGCAUUUUUUAUUUGAUGGCUAGUAAGGGCUGCUCUCCGAACGUAGUGACUUUGAAUACACUCAUAGACGGAUGUUGUAGGGCUAAGAGGGUAGAUGAUGGAAUGAAGCUUCUCCAUGAGAUGUCUAGAAGAGGAUUAGUUCCUGAUACAGUUACUUACAACACUCUUAUUCACGGGUUCUGUCAGGUGGGCGAUCUUCAUGCUGCUCAAGACCUUUUCCAGGAGAUGAUUUCUCAUAAUGUGAGCCCUGAUAUCGUAACUUUCGGCAUUUUGCUGGACGGUUUUUGCAAGAAUGGGAAAGUAGAAAAGGCAUUGGAAAUGUUCAAAGUAAUGCAGAAGAGUAAGAUGGAUCUUGAUACUGCUGUUUAUAACAUCAUCAUUCAUGGGAUGUGCAAGGACGGCAAGGUGGACGAAGCAUGGGACUUAUUCGCUAGUCUUCCCAUUGAUGGUGUGGAGCCUGAUGUCCAAACGCACAAUAUAUUGAUCAGCGGUUUUGUUAAAGAAGGGAAGUUUUUAAGGGCUGAAGAAUUAUACGAGGAGAUGCUCCGAAAAGGCAUUGCUGCUAAUACAGUUACUUACGGCACUUUGAUUCAUGGGUUUUUUCAAGUUGGUGAUCUUCAUGGCGCCUUAGAGAAAUUCCAGGAGAUGAUUUCUAGUGGUGUGUCUCCUAAUGCCAUUACUUUCCGCAUUAUGCUUGCCGGUUUAUGUAGUAAGGAGGAACUACAAAAGGCAGAGGCAAUGUUGCUGGAUCUGCAGAUGAGUGUGGAUGGUGAAUGA